AUGCCGAAUGCGCGGUGGGGUUUGAAGCUGUAUCAGAGCUUCACGGACAAGACCCCUCCAAGACGUUUGGCGGAUUCUAUCCCGGUGGAGAAGAUGCUGACAGAGGAAGGUUAUGGAUUGAUCCUUUCUGCCUUGGUCAACUACUACAGGCCGUAUUUGGAUAUUCAAGGGCCAUCCUCUGUAGACAAGUUUUUCUACGCGGGCGACCGCCAGAAGGGCGAGAGUUUUACAACCUUUGUGGCAAACAAGGAGCUUGCAUUACAGGAACUGGAAAUGCAGCUUGGCGAAACCUUGAAUACCAAGGUCACCGGACGUGUGUUGCUGCGGCAGGUUCAUGGUGACCAAGAUGGUUGGGACUAUGAGGAGGACGGUUACCCCUACGAUGAGGGUGACGGCGAGUCAGAAGAGCUUCUGCCCGACGAGGAGCUCGAAGAAGACAUGAUGGUCUUCGAAGACAAGGAGUACGACGAGCUGGAAGCCACAUGGAUUCAGGCAUAUCACACUGCUUACAAGGAUGUUCGCCGUGACCUUCAGGCUCGGCGGAAAGAACGUGGCUUCGUCAAGCAUCGCAAGGGCUAUGGCAAGUCCAAGCAUGACAAAGGCUCCCGCGGCAAGCACGGCAAGUACGGCAAAGGCGGAAAGAAGCGAGUGAUGAAGGGAUCUGAUCAGGAACUGCAAUCUCGGACGAGGUGCUACAACUGUGAUGAGCUGGGCCAUUUUGCUCGGGAAUGCCCACUCCUCAAAGGUGGUGACGCCGGUGGCAAAGGAGACCGAGCCAAGGACAAGAAGGUCAGUUUCAUUGUGAGCUCAGGGGCGAAUCAAUCGACUGCCUUCAUGAUGCGCCGAAGGUGUCAGGACUUUCAAGCAUUGGUUGACACCGCAGCGGAGGAUGCUGUUUGCGGCAGUGAGGCUUUUGCGAGAAUGGAGGCCAGUCUGCAAAACUGGAAUCUGAAGCCUCGGGUGGUUAAAUCUGCAAGGCAUCUGCCGUGUGCUGGCAUUGGAGGCGAGGCAGAGAUCUGCAAGGUGGUGGAUGUGCCAACCAAUGUGGCCGGGGUGAACGGCAUCAUUCGGUUCACCAUCAUCCAAGACUCGGAAGCCUUUCAGACGCCUCCCCUCUUGCCGGUCAGCUAUUUGGAGGCGGUUCGGGCGAUCGUGAAUUUUGACACUGGUCGGUAUCAUCUUCCUGAUGGACGAUCGGAUUACAUGGUCAGGUUGCCCACCGGACAUCGUGCCAUCAACAUCUUGAAUUUCGAUACCUGUGCAUGGCAGUUGCCGGACAACCUGAGGGACAAGGACAACCGGGUGAAGUGCGUUGCAGUGCUGCCCGGUUGGCGACGACACCUUCCACUGCCGGAUGGGUGCCAUUUGGGUGAAGACGUGGACCUAAUACCAGAUCGCUACAUCAACGUGGUGUACCGGGAUGGCCAUGUCAUGAGGGUCAAGGUCUACUUUCAGGAGCGGCGACCAGUGCCUGAUACUCCUUUUCAGGCCACUAGUGGGCACGAGAUGGCUUGCCUGGAGAGCGACGGCGAGCAGGAGAAGGUCAAGAAGAUGGGGGUGGCCAAGCGGUGGUGGACUAAUUACCUGGCGAAGAGGGCGCAUCAGAACGACGAGAACGAGGAGCACUCCAAGAACAAGAACCAGCGGUCCAAGGUCAGGAAGCCCAAGGACCCAGACCGCGAGAUUCCUCAGGGCAUCGGAAAGCCACUUCCGAGAUCACAGGCGCAGAAGCAUUGGGCCCUGGAGGUGAAGGAAUGUCAACAUCCGGCGGAACAUCUGCGGUGCCGGGCAAAUCGACACGGCUCAUGGUGGACGUGCCUGCUGUGCGGAGCCCGGUGGGAACGGUUGGAGACUCCAGCGAGUGCUUCGUCAUCGAAGGCACCGGAAGCCCCGCAAGCCAAGAAACUCCUACUCGAGAAGGGCGUGGAGUAUCCUCAGUUUCUACCAGCACCCAGAUCCCGUCCGGAGCAGGGAGACUUGGAGGUCAUAGUCAACCGCAUGGGCAAGCCAGUGGUUUCGACGCACAAGAAGCACGACAACUGCCAGAAGGACAACAGCGACCUGAAGACGGCCGGCCCGAUCAAGGAACCUAUGCACGCCGGCAUCCAGGUCAAGCAGGAGAAGAACGACGAGGACAAGAAGGUGAGGCGUCCAUCGGGCUUGCGAACAGUCCGAAGGUCCAAGACGCCAAACCGGGACAACAAACCGGAACCGGAGCUGUACGAACUCAGCUCCCACAGCAGCGAGUGGGAAGACGAGGCCCAGAAGCUCUAUGCGAAGAUCUCUCGACUGGGAUAUGCUCUGACCACGGUCAUGAUUUACCUCUCGACUACUUCAAGAACCAUGGAGAGCAUCCCAGACUACCUGAUCGGCAACAUGGUGCAGGUCUACGGGUGGAAGUCUAAAGAGGGUCUCUGGGACACUAUCAGCAUCUACCCGGGGACUAACGAACACUACCAGCACGUGGACGAAUGGUGCUAUGUUUUUCGCCAGCCAGAGCACAUGCACUCAUGGGUGACCGACCAGGACGGCGAGGUGAUCAAACUGGAUCGCAAGGAGCAGCACUAUCUGGCCAACUACAUCAGUCAGAACACCAAGGUGGAUGUCAUGGAGGUUUACAGUCCUCCUCGACUGGCCAAGAGGGCGAGCAGGCUGGGACUCCGACCUGGUGCUUCGCUAGACUUGGUCACCGGAUGGGAUUUCAAUCGUGCGGAUCACAGACAGGCGUCUUUGGACCUCAUCAGACGAUUGAGACCAGCCUUGGUAGUCCUGAGCCCACCAUGUACGGUGUUCAGCCAACUACGAGCCCUCACGAACUACAAGCGCAAUCCGAGAGACGUUCGGCGAGAAGAAGCAGAGGGACGAGCUCAUGUGGAACAUGCAGUCCGUAUCGCAUGGAUUCAGAUUUCAGGUGGAAGAGGAUUCUUGUUUGAGCACCCCUUGCGGGCGAAGUCAUGGACCACGACUUCCCUCGAGGAACUGAAGGAGUACCCGGAGGUCAAGGCGGUGACCCUCGACAUGUGCCGUUUUGGACUUCAGACUCCCGACUCCUCGAGAACAAGGAUGAUGCCAGCCAAGAAGCCGACCCUCAUCAUCACGAACAUCCCGGAGAUAGCCAGCGCCCUGAAUCGGAGAUGUCAGGGGCAUCAUGAAGAGCAUCAACUCUUGGUGGGAGAUCGACGAGCCAAUAAUGCAGCAGUGUACCCACAACCUUUCGUGGACGAGAUCCUCAAGGCGCUGAGGAAGCACAUCAGGGCUUCUCACUUUCCAGUGGUCGAGCUCAAGGAUCGCUGGGAAGUUCGACACAACCAGCUCAUUUGCCGACAUUUCCAACCUCGGCAACAGCUUUGCACUCUUGAAGAGUGCGAGGAAUUUGAUUUCCCCGUGGAGAAGUUCACUGGGAAACGGACUACGACCAAGACCUACGAGGAUGGAAGCACCAAACAGUCAGUGGAUGACUGGCGCUUUCACACGAGCACUACGACGAGUUCCGCCGCCCAACGGUGGACAGGGACUACGGCUUUCGAUCUCAUCAUUGAGGUGAUGCUGCCCGCCGAUUACCAGAAUCGGGCAACAUGGAUUUCAGCAGCCGCUGCACACCCCAUACAGGAGUAUGUGACGGCAGAAGGCGCGAAACAGGAGAUCCUCGCCUGGGUGAAGAAGUAUUUCAAGUGCCCGUUGUGCGAAAGACGGAAGAAGCCUGGCUCACAACGGCCCGGUCAUUUGGCGAGAGCCAUGGGUUUCAACGAGUGCAUCGGCAUCGACCUCUUCUUCAUCAAGGAUCGGGUCUUCUUGAACGUGGUUUGCCUCGGCACGAGUCUGCAGAUCGUGGAGAUGAUCAACGACAAGACGUCGGAGCAAGUCACCGCGGCCCUGCUGAGAACGUGGUUCGCUCACUAUGGGGCUCCGAGAAUGCUGAUAUGUGAUCAAGGUGGUGAGUUCGUCGGAAGUAAGUUCGCCGACACCCUCACUGACCUGGGCGUCAUCGUUCAUUACACGGACGUGGCAAGUCCUUGGCAGAAUGGGCGUGUGGAACGCUUUGGUGGCUCAUUCAAGAGCACGCUGGAAACGGUGAUUCACGAGCUGACCAUACAGACCGAGGAGGAGCUGCAAAUAGCGGUAGCAUCUACGCAGACUUCCAGCAGCUACCUGGACCGCGAGUUGCACCUGGACCAAGAGGACACCAUGGCGAGAGCUCGGGAGAUACGAGAUGCGGCAGCCAAGGCAUGGAUGAGGUCCCAGGACAACAACGCUGUCCGACGAGCAGACAAAGCCAACACGCGCAUGACAGACCUCAAGGACUUCAAGCCCAAUGACACUGUCUACGUGUGGCGGGAGAACAACAACUUUCGAGGUUGGUCUGGACCUGGCGUUGUGGUGGCGAUCAGCGAGAACAACCGGUCGCUGUGGGUGUCUCUUCGAGGAUACCUUCUCAAAGUGUCCAAGGAGCACCUCAGGCAUGCAACAUCAGAGGAGAGCCUCGGCGUGGAGCUGAUCAAGGUUCUCAGUGCCGAGAUGUUGGAGGGCCUGGAGUCUGGGAACAUCAGACACUAUCGCGACCUGGAGGACAUCGCGGACCUUUUCGGCGGCAACGAUGGUGGAAACGACGAUCAGCAAAGCAACAUGGAGGUGGAUCAGCCCAUGCCGUACCCGUUUUCCAAUGUGGAGAGCCAACCAUGGCCUACAGCAAGAUCCAACACGACCCUCUUCGAGGUCUACGACCAGGAAACGGAGGUGCAGGAUGGCGCGAGGUGGUGUGAAGACAGGAUCCGUGGCACCUGGUACAUGAAGGCAAGGUCAUCGCAAGCCUUCAAGCUGGAAGACUCGGUGUGCCUCUUCAGCAACAAGGACAAGCGCUUCUACCUGACCAAAGCGAAGGAAUCGCCUGGGCAGGUGGAGUUCUCGAAGCUGCAGGGCAACGAGAAACAGGUCUUCCGGCAGGCCAGAGCCAAGGAGUUCAAGUCACUGGUCGACAGCGGUGCCAUUACCGUGCUGUCGGUCGAGGAAAGCAUUGCAUUCGCACAGGCCCAUCCUGAGCACGUGCUCACGUCCAGGUUCGUGGACAGAUGGAAGCCGACCGAGGACUUCGCAGUUUUGCCCGAAGACUUCAACGCUGCAGAUGCAGGUUCGGGACAAACGACUUCGGUGGCUCCCAAGUCUCGAUGGUGCGUGGUGGGUUGGAAAGACCCGAUGGUGCAUCAGAUCGAACGCUCAGCACCCACCCCGAUGACGUCAAGCAUGUAUCUUUUCAUGGCGCUGACUGCAGGACGACAGUGGAGGACGUUUCUGGAGGUGUUGGUCAAGGAGUUGGGCUACAGGGUGAAUGCCUAUGACAGGUGCGUUCUUACGCUGGACAAUGAGUCGGGCAUCCCUGGGCACCCAACAGAAGGAAUCAUCGUGGUGGAGGUGGAUGACAUUUUGGAGUCCGGCAACGAGCGUCAUCGCAACAAGAUGGCCUGGUUGGAGAAGAAGUUGCGGUUCGGCAAGAUCAUCAACCUUCGAGAGCACCCAGAAGGCACAGGCUAUGCUGGACGAAGGAUCAUGCAAGGUCCGGAUGGUUCGUUUCAGUACACCAUGGCGGACUACAUCAAGAAUAGACUGAAGUAUGUCCGGGUUGAGCGCAAGUACCUGAAGAAGGACGCAUCAACCACAAGCUUGAAGGAGGACGAGAUCAACCAGUUGCGCGGAGUGGUGGCGGCCAUCAAUUGGAUAGCACGCGAGGGACGUCCUGACGUCUCGGCAGCAGCAAGCAUCCUUUCUGGUUGCUUCGAGAAGCCGCUGAUGCAGCACGUCUUGGAGACAAAUCAGGUGGUGGACCACUUGAAGAACCACCACGUCGUGCUGAAGGUACACCACAUCCCGGAGGAACAGGUUCGCCACUUGGUGAUCUCGGACGCUUCCUAUGACCCAACAGGCAAGGUCAAGCCACAGCAUGGGUGGAUUCAGGCAAUUACAACGCCGCAGCUGAAUCGUGGAGAGGUGGCCCCGGUAAGCUUGAUGAGCUGGAAAUCGAGGCGACUUCGCCGAAAGGCAGGCAACACGCUUCUUUGCGAAUCCAUAGCGCUUUCAACGGCAUUGGGGGCGAUGGAAAAGCAGGUUGCGGUGUGGCGAAGCUUCUGCAAAUCCAAGUAUGACCCUCGGGAGACAGCGGUGGAGGUGUCAGAGGAGGUGCAGAUGGGGCUUCGCGGGCCAGGCACGGUCAUAGCAUCGGAAAGCGUGACUUUCACAGAUCCGCUUACUGUUGCUGUGGCAGAUGCCAAAAGCUUGUAUGAUGCUUCAGCUUCGGAACAAGCGCAAGGAGAUGAUGAUCGCUCUGCACUGGAGAUCGGGAUCAUCCAGGAGAGCAUAGCGAUCGUUGCAGAGGGCAACAAGGAGGCCCUGCGAAAUUACCUGCUGACUGAGCCAGUGGACGACAUGUGGCAGACCACCCUGGACAUGGAGGAGUGGCGCAGCGCGUCAGAGCAGAAGCGGAUGGAUAAGGAUUUCAGAAAGCUGAUGCCGGGAAAGGAGUUUGCCGGGGUUCUGCGGCAGCGGCCGGAGCUGAAGACCUUUGUGCAGCAGGUGAUGGGGCAAGAGAUGCAACGCCGGGUUGCGCCCCUUGGCCAAAGCCAGCUGGAAAGGGUUGGUGCCAGCAGGAUACCAGCUGCCAAGCAGCGGGGCCGGGUUUCCCGACGCGGCCGGAUCGGCAGCGCCCAGGGCCUAGAGAAAGCGGUCAGCCUGAAGAUCGGGAACCGGAUCAAGGAUCAGAUUGGAUCCAAGAUGAUCUCAGCAGUUAAUUUGACCCUGAGGCUGGAAAGCUUCCCAGGGCCUGCGGACUACGUGCCGCCCCCCGGGAGCCCUGUGCAGAAGCAGUCGCAGCGCGUGAGGCGCGCGGGCGUGCCCCAGGCCCUCAGGGAGGUGGAGCUCAAUCACAGGGAGCACAUGGACAAGGCGCACAAGGUGGACAAGUCGGCGGCGGAUCAAAUCCCUCGGCCUGCCUUGGCAGUUUGCCUUACGGAGGAAAUCCUCAAGGCCCCCUCCGGGUUUUUAUGCUACUACGGCGCCUACAGAGACCUUUGCACGAGCCCAAGGCGCUUGGCAGACUCCAUCCCCGUGGAAAAGAUGCUGACCGAGGAGGGCUAUGGGUUGAUCUUAUCUGCCUUGGUGAAUUAUUACCGGCCGUAUUUGGACAUCCAAGGUCCCGGGAAGUUGGCUUUCGCCACGCAGUUUUCGGCGGAUCAAGAUGUGUGGGAAUAUGAGGAAGAGUAUGCCUACGAAGAGGGCGGUGAAGAGUCUGAAGAAGUCAUGCCUGACGAAGAGCUUGAAGACGAUAUGAUGCUCUUCGAGGACAAGGAGUACGACGAGGUGGAGGCAACGUGGAUUCAGGCCUAUCACACUGCCUACAAGGAUGUACGUCGUGAUCUCCAAGCUCGACGGAAAGAACGUGGCUUCGUCAAGCAUCGCAAAGGCUAUGGCAAAUCCAAGCACGACAAGGGCUCCCGCGGCAAGCACGGCAAGCAGGGCAAGUACGGAGAGGCGGAGAUUUGCAAGGUGGUGGACGUUCCGACCAAUGUGGCAGGUGUGAACGGCAUCAUUCGCUUCACGGUCAUCCAGGACUCGGAAGCCUUCCAAACUCCACCCCUCUUGCCGGUCAGCUAUACCUGGAGGAUCCUUAUGCACUACCUGCCCAGCACGAUUCCGAACAUCCAGGUUUGGCUGAGAGACAAGAACAAUCGCGUGGAGCGCGUCGCAGUGCUGCCGGGAUGGCGACGGCAUUUGCCGACUCCGGCAGAAUGUCAGUUGGAUGCCGAGAACGAGGAGCACGUCAAGACCAAGAACAAGAGGAAUGCCAACAUCCAGCGGAACACCUACGGUGCAGAGCCAAUCGUCACGGCUCGUGGUGGACAUGCCUGUUGUCUGGGAACGCCAGCGAGCGCCUCAUCAUCAAAGGCACCGGAAGCUCCACAAGCCCAGAAGCUGAUGGUCAAGAAGGGCGUGGAGUAUCCUCAAUUUCUGCCAGCGCCAAGCUCCCGUCCGGAGCAGGGAGAUUUGGAAGUGACCAUCAACCGCAUAGGCAAGCCCGAGGUUGCGACCCACAAGAAGCACAACAAACACGAGACGUCGACCGGGGACAACUUGAACCAGAAGGACGCGGCCGACCUGAAGACCUCCGGCCCGAUCAAGGAUCCCAAGCACGCCGACACUCAGGUCGGGAAGGAGAAGGUCGACGAGGACAAGAAGACGAGGUCAAACACCACGCUCUUCGAGGUCUACGACCAGAACAUGGAGACACAGGAUUUCAAAUCUCUGACUGACAGCGGCGCGAUCACUGUGCUGUCAAUCGAGGAGAGCUUAGCCUUCACGCAAGCACAUCCUGAACAUGUUCUCACGUCAAGGUUCGUGGAUCGAUGGAAGCCGACCGAGGACUUCGCAGUGUUGCCCGAGGACUUCAAUGCAGCAGAUGUGGGUUCGGGACAAACUACCUCGGCGGCCCCCAAGUCGCGAUGGUGUGUGGUUGGUUGGAAAGAUCCGAUGGUACAUCAGAUCGAACGCUCAGCUCCCACCCCGAUGACUUCGAGCAUGUAUCUCUUCAUGGCCUUGACCGCAGGAAGGCAAUGGAGCGCUUUUGUCAAAGACGCCAAGACAGCGUUCCUCCAGUCAAAGCCCACUACGCGCAAGCAGAAGCUCGCGGUGAAGCAACCCUCGGAUGAGGCACUGCCCGGACUAGACCCUAGGCAGUUGCUUCUCCUGAACACCGAAAUGUACGGGUUGGUGUCAGGACGGGCGUGGUGGAGAAGGACAUUUCUGGAGGUUUUGGUCAAGGAGUUGGGAUACAGGGUCAAUGCCUACGACAGGUGUGUGCUGACUUUGGACAACGAGUCAGGCAUUCCCGGGCAUCCGCCCGAGGGAAUCAUCGUGGUGGAGGUGGACGACAUUUUGGAGUCCGGAAACGAGCGACGCCGCAAGAAGAUGGCUUGGCUUGAGAAGAAGUUGAAGUUCGGCAAGAUCAUCAACCUUCAAGAACAUCCAGAAGGCACUGGUUACGCAGGUCGCAGGAUCAUGCAAGGCCCAGAUGGUUCUUUUCAGUAUACCAUGGCGGACUACAUCAAGAACAGGUUGAAGUAUGUGCGGGUGGAGCGCAAGUAUUUGAAAAAGGACGCUUCAACCACUUGCCUAAAGGAAGACGAGAUUCAACCAUUGCGAGGAGUGGUAGCAGCCAUCAACUGGAUAGCACGUGAGGGACGUCCUCACGUCUCAGCAGCUGCAAGCAUCCUGUCUGGUUGUUUCGAGAAGCCCGUGAUGCAGCAUGUUCUGGAAACCAAUCAGGUGGUGGAUCAUCUGAGGAAUCACCAUGUUGUGCUGAAGGUACAUCACAUUCCCGAAGAGCAGGUUCGGCAUCUGGUGAUUUCGGACGCUUCCUAUGACCCCACGGGCAAAGUCAAACCUCAGCAUGGAUGGAUUCAAGCGCUUACAACACCGCAAUUGAACCGUGGUGAAGUUGCUCCGGUAAGCCUGAUGAGCUGGAAAUCGAGGCGACUUCGCCGGAAAGCGGGUAACGCGCUGCUUUGCGAAUCUAUAGCACUCUCAACAGCGUUGGGUGCGAUGGAGAAACAGGUGGCGGUGUGGCGAAGCUUUUGCAAGUCCAAGUACGAUCCUCGCUUCACGGAUCCGCUCACCAUUGCUGUGGCAGAUGCUAAGAGUCUGUACGAUGCAUCGGCUUCGGAGCAAGCUCAAGGCGACGACGACAGGUCAGCCUUGGAGAUUGGGAUCAUCCAGGAGAGCAUCGCAAAGCUCUCUGGACGCAUGAGGUGGAUUCCGCACAACUUCAACCCUGCAGAUGCUCUCACGAAGCUCAAGGCUCACAUGGAGCCAAUGAUGAAGUUGCUAAAGAGCAACAGCCUCGUGAUCGAGGAAGAAGAUGAAGUCUUGAACCGCGGCAGGCAGGGCGAGAAUCGCCUGAAGUCGCGGGCAUAA